AGAAGGAGACUCAGGCCAAACAAUAAAAACAGUAAAAUGGAUUGAUCCUCUUUCAUCAGAAUUUUUGUUAAAUAAAAAACAAGUUAAAUCAGUGAUAUCAAUUAUAAUUCAAUUCAACUUAAUUAAGGUUCAUUUUUUGUUUAAUUGGUGUCUAAAAUUUGGCUGACUCCAAGUAGUAUUGGUUUGAUAUCUGUUAUGAUCUGAUCUGUCAAAGAUAUUUUCAUUGUGCGAAUAGGCCUUCAUCCUGUAUGUCUUUUUGUAAACAAACUGUGCCAGUUGAGAUUCUUUGGUUUACAAUAAUCAAAUUUUAUUGAUUCAGGAAUAUGUGGUUGCCCGAAGGAGCAACCGUCGGAGCUAUUGUUCCUUUUUUAGUGGCUCUUUUGAUUAUCAUUCUAUUUUCAUGGUUUUACCUGUCAAGGUAUCGGAAUAUUUAUGAAAAUGAAAGGUCGUCAUUUGUUACAUCAGUCAUCGCAUUGACCAUCGUAUUAAUCACAUCUGCGUUGCUACCUGUGGAUAUAUUCCUUGUUUCAUACAUGAAAACACCUGAAGGAAUGUUCAAACCUUGGGCAGAGGAAUUAACAGCUCGAGAAAAUAUUGAAGAUGUCAUGCUUAACUUUUAUUAUGUGGCCUAUGGUCUGGUGUUUUUCUGUGUCUUCAUUAUGAUUCCUUUCAUGUACUUUUAUUAUGAGGAAAAGGAUGACGAUGAGCUGGGCUCAAGUGAGAGGAUUUGUACAGCAUUGAAAUUUACAUCAGUAUUUGUAUUUAUUGCGGCGACCCUUCUUUGUGUUGGAGCUUUUGUCCCAUUAAAGCCAGCGACCAACAGCACCGAGUGGGAAAAGAUCAAAGAAAUGUUCGAGAGCUUAGGGACUGAUAGAGGAGAAGAUGCAAUUUCAAUGGUUUUAAGUAUUCUCUGCGUUCUUGGAAUGUUUAAUUUGGUAUUUUACACUGCUUUUGGUAUGUCUUCUUGGCCGAUUGGAUUAAUUCGUGGAACUCAAAGUGCUAGAUUACAACAUGAAGAGAUCCAAAGUAGAAACAUUGUAAUUCAAACUCGAAUUAAUGCUCUUCGAGACAAAGAGAGGAUAACUAGCAGAUUAACAAAUCGAGAAAGACAUCUUCUCAAUAAAUUAGAAGAAGAAGAAAGGACAACUCGACGAGAGGAAGAAUUAGUUGACCAACACCGAAAUUCUUGGGGAUACAAAUUAAGAAAAAUUCUUCGACCUUUAGAGAUAACUUUUGGUGUUUGUGCUGCUGUAUUAGGGAUAGUUUUAUGGAUUUCCCUGCUUUUGACCAACAUCGAUCGCGAUAUACAUUCUGAAAUGAAAACUGGAUAUGCAUUGCAAAGCUUUAAUCUACCUAACCCAAUAGAUUUACUGUUGGUUCAACUUCAAAAAGUAUUUCCGCUUGAUUACAUUCUCAUUUUAAUUAUAACCUGGCUUCUUGUCCUUUGCACAUUCUCUGGUAUCCGCAAUUUAGGAGUCAGAAUCUUCUUCAUUAAGAUGUUCAAGCUGAGAAAAAAGCGAACAGCUCCUCAAGGACUUUUACUAACCUGUGCUAUCCUGAUGUUGAGUGUUUUAACUUUUAACGUUUUCCUGUACACAGUAUCACCACAAUACACUACAUAUGGCAGUCAACAUUAUAUUAAAACAGUUAUUAAUGCUACCGAAGACACUGAUAUUCAUGUGAAGGCCGAAAUUCACCAAUGCCCUGACCCAAUAACUCCUCGAAACUGUACAAUGACCAGGAACAGUGUGCUUCAAGUACGAUUUCUUUAUAAAGCUUGGUAUUUCGGCGCUUUCUACCAUUGGGCUUCAUGGGGAUAUUUAAUAAUUUCUGCUUUGGCUUUGAUAUACGCAUUAAUCAGGAAAAGCCGAACAGUCACCGAAGGAAUGGUUGAUCAAGACGAGUUUGAAGAAAGUGAAGAUGGGCCAAUGGUUCGCUAAAUUCACCAUGGUUCAAUAUCAAUUACCUUGUAUCUUGUAAAUUUGAUGAUAUAAAUAAAAACUAGCUCAAACUUAGCGCUUGAAAA